CAACUUCAUUGAUGCCUGAUGGAGUCUAUGUUGUAGCAGUACAGAUAGAGGAUUUCAAGAGUUCAUCAUCAUCAACUGCCCUAAGUAGCAUCCCUUUGCAGUUCAUUGUUACAGUAAAUUCUAGUGGAUCAUGUUACAGCUAUCCAGAUUUCAAGUCCAAUACUUAUCUAGAUGGAACUGUAGUACAAUUUUUCAAUGACUUACUACUGCAAAUUAAGGCAACAGUCAAAGUUUAUGAAGGACAUGAAAUCAUUACUAAAUUUCAUGUUUUAUCGCCACUUAAUUUUACGAUGUCUACCAUCUCUAACCCUAUUGCUAACGAAUAUGAAACCACUAUUUCCCUGACGGAAUCUUCAGAAGAUGAAAUCGGACAGUACAACUUGUGUUUCUCAGCAGAAUCAAAUUAUCGACGUUCCACCAAACUCCGAUGCAUAUCGGUUAAUAUGACAG